AUGGCUGCGCCCAUGGAAAAAACAUUGAAAGCAACUCUUGACUCAUUACAGAUAGAUUUUGCGUUGAAAGAAAAACAGAUUUACUGUUUAGAGCAUUUAUCCGUUGGUAAAGAUGUUUUUGCCGUGCUACCAACAGGGUAUGGCAAGUCCAUUAUUUACAGCGUUCUGCCAAAAAUGUGGCGAGUUAUAGAAAGUGCUGCAAACCAGGCCGAUAUUCAAAGUUGUGUCAGUUUUAGCUCUGUUGAUAGACAGUCAUGUAUUGUAUUAGUUGUGUCUCCGCUAGUAUCUCUUAUGAAAGAUCAGGUACAGAAUAUCACGAAACUUGGAGUAGAUUCCAUUUAUCUUGGAGAACCCCACACCGAAGAACGCAUGCGCUUGAUUAAAGAUGGACAGAUUCCUUUGAUAAUGUUGAGUCCUGAAAGUCUUUUCUCUGGCACCUGGAGAGAGCUCAUCCUCACAGAUCCAUAUCAACAGCACCUACACACAAUUGUCAUAGACGAAUGCCACUGUGUUGAACAAUGGGGUACAGAGUUCCGAACAGAUUACUCUAGAUUAGCAGAAUUGAGAAGUUUGCUUCCUAAUGCUAAUAUGUUAGCCUUAACUGCUACAGCCACACAAAACAUUAAAUCUUGUGGACUCAUUUAUCAAUAUCUAAUGAGCCAGCUUGGUUCCCAAAACUCCUAUAUUGGGACAUGUUCAGCAAAAAACUGUCUUUUUGCCAUGUUUCAUCAUUCGACUGCUCAGAAAAACAAAACGAUCAUAAUGGACACGUUUUGUAACACUGAUAGCAAGUUGCGAGUUGUUAUAGCAACAACUGCAUUUGGUAUGGGGGUGAAUGUACCCGACGUACGUGUUAUUGUCCACUGGGGGGCUCCUCACAGUAUUCAAGGAUACAUGCAACAAAGUGGACGUGCUGGAAGGGAUGGAAAUCGAUCCGUGUCUGUUAUAUACUAUCACCCAGCUGAUAUAAGUACUGUUGCAACCGAUAGUCACACGAGAGAAUUUUGUCUGUUAAAAUCAUGUAGACGUCAAUUUUUACUGGAACAUUUUACACCAGAAGAUACCACAAUCACAAAUGUUUCCAGCCUGUGUUUGUGCUGUGAUAACUGCAAGCACAACUGUGAAUGUCGUAAUUGUCCUUCUGACACUGCUGCAGUUCUGGACUUAGAUGAGGAAUCCCUCGUAAAGGCUGUGGAUAUGGUUGAGGAGCCUCCAGUGCGCACUGUACAUGACCUGCAAAGAAAGAAAAUUAAAGAAAAACUGUAUGACUUGCGUGCAAAAUUGUUAGGUGAUACAUGUACUUCUUUGCUAAAUAUUGGACUCAUAACAGGUCUUAGCAACAAAGUGAUAAGUGAUAUUGUUGCAAAUGUACAUUACAUUUUUUCUUUUGAGGACAUUCUUUCCCAGUUUGUUUUUCAAAGAGCCUGUGCUGAGGAAGUUUUUGAAAUUAUUGAGAAUGUUAUGUCUGACUAG